AUGCACUGGUUUCCAGUACUUACUGAAGCCCGAGUCUGGCUGUUUGUGGACUGGAUCGCUGUGCAAGUAGCGUGUCCUGGCUUCAUCGGCUGCUUGAUAGGGGCUGUGAAUCUCAAAUCCAGCAACCGAAACCCCGUGGUGCAGGAGUUUGAAAGUGUGGAACUGUCGUGCAUCAUUACGGAUUCACACGCAAAUGACCUCAGGAUUGAAUGGAAGAAAAUUCAAGAUGGUGAAACCGCAUAUGUGUUUUUUGAGAACAAAAUUCAGGGAGACCUGGCAGGCCGGGCAGAACUACUGGGCCAAAGUUCUCUGAAGAUCUGGAACGUGACGCGUAGAGACUCGGCCCUUUACCGCUGUGAGGUGGUUGCUCGAGGUGACCGCAAAGAGGUUGACGAGAUUGCUGUUGAGUUAGCAGUGCAAGUGAAGCCGGUCACCCCCACCUGCAGAGUACCGAAGGCUGUGCCUGUGGGCAAGACGGCAACCCUGUACUGCCAGGAGAGCGAGGGUUACCCCCGGCCACACUACAGCUGGUACCGCAACAGCGUGCCCCUGCCGACCGACUCCAGAGCCAACCCACGAUUUCGAAAUUCCUCUUUCCUCUUAAACUCUGAAACAGGCACUCUGGUGUUCAGUGCUGUUCACAAGGAGGAUUCCGGGCGGUAUUACUGCAUUGCUGCCAAUGAUGCAGGCACGGCCAAGUGUGAGGAGCAGGAGAUGGAAGUCUAUGACCUCAACAUCGGUGGGAUCAUCGGGGGGGUCCUGGUCGUCCUGGUCGUGCUGUUGCUGAUAACGCUGGGCAUCUGCUGUGCGUACAGACGUGGCUACUUCAUCAGCAGCAAACAGGAGGGGGAAAGUUACAAGACCCCUGGGAAGCUGGAUGGAGUCAGCUAUAUCAGGACAGACGAGGAGGGCAACUUCAGACACAAGUCUUCGUUUGUGAUCUGAGACCCGGUGGCGGGGCUGACAGCACAUGCAAAUACCUCUCUCAGGACCUGCCGCCGGGCGCAGCGUGAGCCGAGCCGCCGGACAGAGCAGACGCUCGUGCAGAAGCUUUUCGUUCUGGCCAAAGUCGACCGCUCCUCCUUUCUCACUCCUUAACAAGCCACGCCGUAGACUGUCUUCCCCACGCUGGGCACGGUCGCCGCCGGGAAGGGAACCAGAUGAGCCCAGGAAGCUGGAUCCCAGCCUGCCUCCGGCCGGUUCCCACACAAGUAUUAGGGCGACCUUAGACCAUGCUUGGCAACUCUCUGGAGGCAGCUGACCUGCCGCUGUGCUCCUCCGCCAGGACAGGCAGCGGCCAGUGAGGGGCCUGGGCUGGGCCGCAGCUGUGACGGUGGGUUCGAAACGGCUCUGGUGUGAUACCACCUGGUCCGCUGGUCCCCACCCUGGCUGCCCUUCAGGCUCUGUUGGGCAGUGUCAUGUCCACCUUGGAGAAUCUUUUUGAGUCAACAUCUUACAGAAAUAACCAAAUCAGGAAGGUGAAUAGCUCAUUGGAAGAGGGGUCUUCUUACCUGGGAGCUCUGCAUUCCAAGAGGGAGCCAAGAUUUAAGGUGAACCUUCGUAUUCAGCUGAAUCUGAAAGGUUACUGAAAUAAGCUUUUCUAUGGGUCCUGUUUGUUUUUAUAAAAUUUUACACUCUAAAUUUUUGCUAAAGAUGUAUUUUGAUUAUUGAAAAAAAAUUCUAUUUAAACUGUAAAUAUAUUGUCAUACAAUGGUAAAUAACCUAUUUUUUUUUUUUAAAGUACAACUUAAGGUAGAUGUUCCAAGCUUCUAGAGUUAAAUUGGAAGACAUAAAUAACUCAGAGGAUUUUCCCCGAGGAAAGCUGCCAGGGAGGCCCUCUAGGACGCACCCUCUCCCAUGUGAGGACCCGGGCCACGAGGUGUCAGACCAUGGUUGCUCUGGAAGCCUUUCUAAAAAUCCCAGUCAAGCAGUGUUGAAAUGCGUUCGUGCCUCUGGAGUAGACACCUGAGGAACGCAGGUUAGCUCUCGCUUGUCUUCCUGAGCUCAGAACUGCCUGUGCCCAAAGACCACCCAGAGGCCCCAAGAGCAUGCAAUGGCCACGGUGGUCCGCUCCCAGGCCAGCCGGACACCGCCACUCUGCGUCAGGCUGGAUGCCCGUUUGUGUCUCCCAGGCUCUUCCCACGGCUUUGUG